AUGCAAGGAUUGAACAAUUAAAACUACAAUCCAGGAGUGAGACCAAAAACCUUAAUUUGUUAUAUUUGUGGAAGAGAGUAUAAUAUAUUACUAAAUUAGAUAUGGAACAAAAAGUUUAGAGAUUCAUCUUAAGACUUGCCAGGAGAAGUUUCUCAUGGAGGAAGCAAAAGUAUUAAUUUCCCAUAUUUCUUCAUUAGAAACCGAAGAAUUAGAGGAGACCCUUGCCAUAACCUCCAAAAGCAAUAGGGGGAAGUGGAAAUUAUGAUACUGAAUCGUAUAAUGAGCAAGCAUUUAGUGCUUAUAAAGAAUAGAGUCUGGAGAAAUGCGCAUACUGUGGAAGAACGUAAUAGGAUUUGAAUUAUCACUAGUUUCAAUAGAGAAAGUUAUCCUAUCCAUUUAAAAAUUUGUAAGGCAGAUAAACCCUUUAAACCACUUCCUGGAUUUGUUUAGAAUCCAAAAGAAGUCCAGUAAUAAAUGAAUAGGGAUAAUGGAGGAGGUUAAUAGGGAAAAUCAAACUCUAAUGGUUAUUCGGGAGAAUAUAAGGCUCCCGUUCGACCAAAGACUUUGGUAUGCUAUAUAUGCGGGAGAGAAUAUGGUACUAAAUCUUUGGGAAUUCAUAUACCUUAAUGCAAAGAAAUGUUUAUAGUGUAGGAAAUGAAGAAGCCAAAAGCAGAGAGAAGGAAUCCUCCUACCACUCCAAGAGGUCUUUGGGAUUUAUUAAAUAAAGAGGACAUUACAAUGGAAGAUAUUAUUGCAUAUAACAAUGGAGUAAUUAAUAUAUGUUGAUAAUUCAUAGGCAUUUAAUAAAUACAACAAGGAGGCCUUGGUUGCUUGUAAGAAUUGUGGCAGAACAUUUAAACCAGAAGCUUUGGAGCAUCAUACCAAGGCUUGUACUGCUGAUAACCCUUUCAAAGCUCUAGAUGCUGUCGAAGAGGGAGGUACAGUUGAGUUAGUACCUUGCAAGAAAUGUGGAAGGAAAUUCUUGCCAUCUAGAGUUGAGAAACACGAAAGCAAUUGUAAAGAUAUAAAGGGAGCAUCAUAAACAUAAGCAAAUGGAUUUUAAAAAUAACAGUAACAAUAAUAAUAAUAAGAAUAAAAAUAUGAAACUCCACAGUAGAAUCAAAAAUAAUAAUAAUAAAAAUAGGUUUAAAAAUAAUAAAGUUUCUCAAAGACAUCAGUUAAUUUUAAUGAUAAGAGUUUGAAAUGUAGAUAUUAUAUACAUUAUUUUUAGGUUACAAAUGUUUUUAAGAUUGUAAUAAUGUAUAAGAUUUGAAACAGCAUGUUUAGAGUUGUAAAAAUUAAGGAACGAAACCUUAAAUCUAUGAUGAUUUAAUAUAAAUACCAAAUCCAUCAUAAGCACUCCAAACAAUUUAUAUGAGCUCAGUAUUCGAGAAUUUCUAAAAAAAUGAUAACAGCAAUUAGAAGGUGACUGAAUAACCAAAAUAAUUUUCCAAUUAAUAAUCAUAAAAUUAAGAAAAAUAAUAAGUGUAAAAUUAAAAUAAUUAUUCCGAUGAAGAUCAAUAAAAUUAAGAGGAUGAAAUUGAUUUAAUUACAUGUGAAAAAUGUGACAGAAGGUUUGCAUAAGACAGAAUUAAAAAACACAUGAAGGUUUGCAAAGGCAAGAAGUAUUUUGAAAAAAAAGAACAUGUAGUUGAAGUUCAAAAAGCUCCUAAAACAGGAUGGAGGAAAUAUCAUGAAGAAUUUAUUAAUACCGUAAAGUAUAAUAGGCAAUUGAAAAAAAUAUAAGAGGAAGGAGGUGAUAUUAAAUAAUUGGGACCUCCUCCAGUAUCUUCAAAUAGUAAUUACGUUCAAUGUCCUUAUUGCCAAAGAAAAUUUGAUCCAAGCAAGGCAGAAAAACAUAUUUCUAUUUGCUAAAAUGUAGUCAACAAACCAAAGACAAUUCAAGAAAAGAAAUAAAAUUAAUAACUACCCAUUUCAUAACAAUAUUAAUAGCAACCAAAUCAAUAAAACAAUAUUUAGUAAUAAAAAGUUUAACAAAAUAAUUAACCACAGUAAAAAACAUCUAACCCAACCUAUGGAAGGGUAUUUUAAUUGAAUGAUGAAAAUCCUUAAUAAAAACCAUAAUAGUAACAGUAGUAAUCAAAUAACUAAUAAUUGAAAUCCUCUUCAACAAGAUAAUCAAUUUCUUCAUAAAAAACUCCAUAACCUCCUUCAAAAGCAGUAGGUCAAUAAUAGCAAUUGUUAUCUCCACCCUAACCUGGUAAUUAAUUUAGAAUAAGGUCACCAUAAACAACGUAAAAAACCUAAUAAGUGAAAUAAUCAUAAAAUCCUACUAAAAUUGAUAAUAAUAUAUUCAGACCUCCAACUUCUGGAAGAACUUAAGAGUUAACAAAACCUAAUUCCCAAUUGCAUUUAAAGCCAUUAGGUUAAAAUUAGAAUAUGUUUAGAAAAUUUUGAAUUUAUAGUAAUU